GCAGCGAAGGGGUGAUCAGGAGUGGAGAUUUGGGCUUGGGAUAAACAAUGUGAGGGUUAGCGGCAUGAACGUGUUAGCAGUUCAGACACUGCUGAGCUAAAACCUCAACGAGGCGCUUUUAUCUUUGUAUUGUGGAACCAUAAAGAUGGGCCCGCUGCUCUACGUGGGAGGCUUGGUGUUUAUGUUCCUGCUGUGGAUCAAAGUCAAGGGUCUGGACUACGUGAUUGUUCACCAGAGGUGGAUAUUCGUGUGUUUGUUCCUGCUGCCGCUCUCCGUCAUCUUUGACGUGUAUUAUUAUGUGCGAGCAUGGGUCAUUUUCAAGAUGUGUUCUGCCCCCAAACUGCACGACCAGCGCGUGCGAGACAUUCAGCGACAGGUGCGUGAGUGGCGGAGGGAGGGCGGGAAGUCCUUCAUGUGUACGGGUCGACCCGGCUGGCUCACCGUGUCUCUCAGAGUAGGAAAAUACAAAAAAACACACAAGAACAUCAUGAUCAAUAUGAUGGACGUUCUGGAGGUGGACACAAAGAGGCAGGUGGUGAGAGUAGAGCCCCUGGCCAACAUGGGUCAGCUGACAGCUCUCCUUACCUCUAUUGGCUGGACACUGCCCGUGCUGCCCGAGCUGGAUGACCUCACUGUGGGUGGCUUGGUGAUGGGCACGGGGAUUGAGUCGUCCUCGCAUAUUUAUGGGCUGUUUCAGCACAUCUGCGUUGCGUUUGACCUGGUUCUAGCUGAUGGCAGCUUAGUUCGCUGCACUGAGGAGGAGAACUCCGAUCUGUUCCACGCCGUCCCGUGGUCCUGUGGAACUCUAGGGUUCCUUGUUGCAGCGGAAAUUAAAAUAGUCCCGGCUCAUGCGUGGGUGAAGCUGCACUACGAGCCCGUCAGGGGACUGGAAAACAUCUGCAAGCGCUUCACAGAGGCAUCAGAGGACAAGCGGAACACGUUCGUCGAGGGGAUCCAGUACAGCCUGGACAGCGCUGUGAUAAUGACGGGAACCAUGACCGACUACGCCGAGCCGGAUAAGAUUAAUAAAAUCGGCCUCCACUUCAAACCCUGGUUCUUCAAACACGUGGAGAGGUAUCUGAAGAGCAACCACGCUGGAGUUGAAUACAUCCCUCUGAGACACUACUACCACAGACACACACGCAGCAUCUUCUGGGAGCUUCAGGACAUCAUCCCAUUCGGCAACAACCCACUGUUCCGCUGGCUUCUCGGAUGGAUGGUUCCUCCAAAGAUCUCUCUGCUCAAGCUCACGCAGGGCGAAACCAUCAGACGUCUGUAUGAACAGCACCACGUGGUCCAGGACAUGCUGGUGCCCAUGAAGCAUCUGCAGACUGCUAUCACACGCUUCCACCAGGACAUUGAUGUUUACCCACUGUGGCUGUGUCCCUUUCUGCUGCCACCGGGCAGAGGCAUGGUUCAUCCCAAAGGUCAGAAGGAGGAGCUGUAUGUGGACAUUGGGGCUUAUGGGGAACCCAAAGUCAAACACUUUGAAGCUAAAGCAUCAACACGUCAGCUGGAGAAGUUUGUCAGAGAUGUUCAUGGGUUCCAGAUGCUGUAUGCAGAUGUGUACAUGGAGCGAGAAGAGUUUUGGGAAAUGUUUGAUGGGCAGCUGUAUCACAGACUGAGAGAUGAACUGGGAUGUAAGGAUGCGUUUCCAGAAGUUUACAAUAAAAUCUGUAAAUCUGCCCGGCACUGACCCUCCCCAGCCUCAGUCUACUGGCUGAAUUAGAAACACUGUCUGACUGUUUGCUACUGACUUGUCAGUGGCAGCUACUGAAUUUGAGAUCCAACAAAAACACAAAGGCUGCUUGUACACAAAGAUUGUCUGUACACAAGAGUUUUUUAAACUAAUUUCUUUGGUUUUAUAUACAUUUGUACUGACUAAACUGGGCCAAAUAUUUUUAAAAUCAAUCUGAAUUUAUAUUUAGACAAAUGUUUAAAAUAAUUCUAAAUAGUAUUUUAGUUUUUUUAAAGCAGAUAUUAUAAUGGUGUGAAGAAAUACCCUGUUUAUAGUAAUUCACCAAAUUGUUUAUAACAGCAGCACAGUACAAACUAAAUCUUUGUAUUUCUUUGGUUUCUCAUGUGAUCUGUGCCUUUUGUUUUAUUAAAAUGUUCUGGCCAAAGCA